AUGAAUCUUUUUUACCUUCUCCUUUCGAUGGCCUCGGUAUCCUUCGCCGAGGUAGCAGUCGAUUGGUCGAUGACAGGAGUCGAUAUACUCAAUCCCAACACGACCUCAAACACCAAGAUUAGUGCCCGAGCAUUUCCUCUUGUACGGAGGAACCUUGGCCAAGUAGCUUGUGCAGCCGACACCCGAACCACCGUUGACGCACGCACCCACACUCGCCGUUACAACUACCGAACCAACCUUCUCUCAGCCGUAUGUCAAAACGACAUCGACUACACCGCGCGCUGCCAAACCGUAAUCCCCACAAACAACCACGCCAUCAUCACGCACCAAGAAAAAUGCGCCGCCGACGAAGUCUGCCAGCAAGUCUCCUACCGCAACUUUCUCGGCCAAACCUCCAGCGAAGUCUCGUGCGUGGAGAAAGAUACGCUGCCGAACCACCAAUUCGAAUGGUCCACGGACGCCUCGUCCGUUGACGAGAACCACUGCGGUCCUGGCUUGAAUAUAGUCCGUGAAGAGGACUCACUCACAGUCAGUGUUCAGUUUUACGGUGGCAAUCCUAGUUCGCAUGCGAGUAGGAAGUGGGUUCAUGAAGCGUGGCUUCAGAGUAAUAAGAGGAAGGAGAGGAUUCAAGAUAUUCGUGGGGUUAAUGGGUUGUAUUGGAAAGGUGCGGCGCAUACGGGGGAGACGAUUCAGGCGUGCUUUUUGCGCAGUGACGCUGGUGAUGCUACCAAUGCUUUGUUAAAUUGGGUUGAUGGGUAG